AUGUCGAAGAACGACGCAUCGGAUCCCGUGUACUUGAUCUUUGAUGAUACUCCGGACGCGUUCGAAUUCGACCCUCCGGAAGCAUGGUCUGAAGAAAUUGUCGAUAUCGACAAAGAACGCUUCGCGAUAUCCACUCGCUCGCCGGCAUUGCCUCACUUGGGCAUGCACCAUACUCGUCCUCAACUCCGACGGGAUAAUCAGACUGCCAGUCUCAUGAUUAUCCCUGUUAAAGCGAACUCCCCUAUCCAGCUCUACGGGCGAUCCUACACCACCAACUCGUCUGGGCUAGCGAUCUCUGCAGAGAACCUGGCUAUAACCUAUCAGCCUACAGAUGACCAACCAGGCAUCUCCUUCUCCGAAGAUGCAUUCGCAGCUAUCAACUUUGGAGUUGCUGUCGCAGGGGAGGAUGCCAAGAUGAACGAGACCCAUAUCAUUGUCGAUGAUGCGGACACGUCCCAACUGCUUUACUUUGGUGAUUGGAAUGAGGAUGGCGAGGCGGACGACUUUAGCGAGGGGGAGGGAUUGGUUGUCGGAAAUAAUGCUCAAGUUCGCGUUGGCCCCCGUAUCUCGUACAAUGGGACCAGACGGGCUACCUCAAUCGACGGAAGCGGGUUUAGGUUUCGAUUCUGGGGGCAUGACCUUCACAUCUACGGAUGUUUCAAUCUAUCUCGGCCUGAUUCUCGCGUCGUCCUCAACGGCGUAUUCCAAGAGACGGGAAAUCCAGACGUAAGCAAUGUGUGGAUCAUCGAAAGCCCAUCCAACGUCGUUGCCCCCUUGAAUGGCACUCGAUAUUGUGAAACUGGACACAUCGUAGGUAUGGGGUUCGGGGCCACGUCGGAAGAUGAACCCAAGGAGAUGAUACUAACGCUACAUGCAAUCGCUGUCUUGCCAAAUCCUGAAUCAGCGAGCUUCGUCUUUGAUUACCUGACCUACCAACCUGUCUUCCAACGGCUUUCCGAGAAACCUCAGUGGGAUUUGAAGCAAUUGGAGAGCGACUAUGUGUGGAAGAAACCCGGGCCCUCCAAGGGGACCAUCAUCGGUGCGAGUGUUGGAGGCUCACUUGGGUUUUUGCUGAUUGUCGGAUUGGUUGUGUUCUGGGUAAUCAGGAAGAGGAGAGGGACCAAGAAAAUGUAG